CGGCAGCCGCCCCCCCCCACAUCCCCUUUUUUACAUUCUAGUUAGCAGCAAGAAAAACCAAUGCACUCGCUGUUUCGUCCUUGCAUCGACCUGCACAACGGCCAGGUCAAGCAGAUUGUCGGCGGGACGCUGCACGACACCAACGCAUCCACGCUGCAGACAAACUUUGUCUCAGACCAGCCGGCCUCCUACUACGCACAGCUCUACCGGCAGCACGGCCUGCAAGGCGGCCACGUGGGCGGCGGCAUAACGCUCGAGAACGCGCGCGAGUGGAUCGACCGCGGCGCGUCCAAAGUGAUUGUCACCAGCUGGCUGUUCCCCGACGGGCGGUUCAGCGAGGAGCGGCUCCGCCAGCUCGCAAGCGAAGUCGGUAGGGAGCGGCUCGUGGUGGAUCUGAGCUGCCGCCGGGUGGGCGACGGCUGGGUGGUGGCGAUGGAUCGGUGGCAGACGCUGACGGACAUGCGUGUGGAUGCUGCAGCGUUGCUGAGCCUGGCAGCGUUCUGCUCGGAGUUUCUGGUGCAUGCGGCCGACGUCGAGGGGCUGUGCGGCGGCAUUGACGUGGAGCUUGUGAGGUGUCUAGGGGAGUGGUCGCCCGUGCCGGUGACGUAUGCGGGCGGCGCCGCGAGCAUUGGCGACUUGGGCCUGGUCAGCCGCGUCUCGCAAGCCCGCGUGGAUCUGACGAUUGGCAGCGCACUGGACAUCUUCGGCGGCGAUAAGAUUAGAUUUGAUCAGUGCGUGGCGUGGAACAAGACCGGGCGUCUUGACUGA